AUGGGAUUCCGACACCAAGUAGAGGUGAAAAUCACGAGCUGGGUUGACAUGGCGGCGAGUUACAUAAGCUGGGUGGUGGUGUCCGGACUCGCCCGGGUCGGGUUGCUGAAGUCGCCGGCGGCGGCGGGGACGGACACCGCGUCGGAACCUAGUACCACAAUGGACAGCUACUUCGUGUUGAUAGACGGAUGCUCUCCGAUGUGCGUCCCCGUGGACCGGCUGAUGAGGGUGAUCAAGAGGUGUCUCCCGGUCAUCACUUACGCCUCCUUCCUCGAGAAAGCCGGCGCCGGCGACCACAAGAAGGCGGCGGAGAUCAGGAACACGUGUACGGUGUGCAUGGAGGGGAUAAUGGGAGAAGAGAAAGUGAGGGAGCUGUGCAAUUGCGAGCACGUGUUUCACAGGGAGUGCCUUGACCAUUGGGUGGACAUGGGUCGGGUCACCUGCCCGCUCUGUCGGGCGAUGCUUUUCCCCGGUAGUUUGGGCCUGGCCCAAUUGCGUGCCUACUCUUCGCCGUCGAUAUCAUCACCGGAUCACGAGCAGGAACGUGGCCGUGACCGCGAUGAAGGCGACCACCACGCGUACGAUCGACCGAUGAUGACGUAG